AUGGUCUUUCGCAGAGAGCCUGUAGCGCAGUCUUCCAGCAACGAUUCAUCAUGGGGCACGGCCACUUCUUCCGCAUCUUACUCUGAGUACAGUGACGACGACUCGGUGAUGACGAACCUGACGAGUGUAGCGUCCGACUCUUCAAUCGAGGUCACGGAGUUCGACUACUACGAAUCUUCCGUGUGCUCUACAAUAACCACCUCUACCUCGAGUGAAUCAACGGGAGUUACCGACAUUUUGGAUACUGUCAAUGUCAAGCUACGAAAGGCUACACAUUUGAAUCGGCGCUCGAUACCGGCAACAGUUGUAUCGAUCAUGUGGGAAAAUCAUCAAAAUCCUCGGACGCAAUUGAUAGGAUGCCAGGUCUUGAAGCAGCUGGCCUUGGAACGGGCCAAUCGGCACAUGAUCAUCAAGGCGGACGGCGUGUCCGCAAUUCAUUUUGCAAUGCUUCUGAACACAGAGCACGAGGCCAUUCAAGAAUGCGCCUGUGGAGCUCUCGAGUUGCUCUCCAAGAGCUGCAAGCCUUCACUUUCGUGGCAUCAAGUCGUGGCAUCGCUGUGUGAUGCUUUGGAGACUCACAAGGAUCAUGUUGGAAUACAGCAACGCGCUUUGCAGACGUUGCUACGACUUGCACAUGUCGGUCCCAUUGAACUCUUGGGAGAAGCCAGCAUGAGAGAGAUUGCUGUGAGCUUGAAAACACACCAAAAUUUUCGUCCAAUUGCCUCAAUCGCCUUGGAACUUCUCCUUUUCUUGGCUCCCUCUGAUCCUUUGGAAGCUGCAGAGAUCAUCGACGACAUUGUGGUUGCAAUGAAGGAUACAGCUGACAAACGGAUUCAAGCAAAGGGAGUUGAGAUGAUCGCAACUCUUGCAAUGGCUGAGUUUGGAAAAACUGAGAUUGCAGUGAAAGCCACCUUCGAGAAGCUGCUUGACGAUGGUUCUACCGCCGUUCUUAGUGAGGUUGCAGGAGAUUGGACAAACCAUCUGGAUGACCAAGUUUUUACUUUGAUAAACGAUCGCAACAAAAACCCAUACGUCCAAAAGAUCGUCGCUCUUGUUCCAAAGAUUCCGGAGCAAGACAACACCGGGAAGUCGGUUUGUGCCGCUAUUGCCAAAGCGCAGGCAAUCCGCCCAGUAAUUAAAGCGAUGAACGAUGGUCUUGAACACGCAUCCAUCCAAAUGAACGGGUGCAUCGUCCUGGCGAGUCUUGCGAUCAACGCGGGAAAGUCCACAGAGAUUCGUCAAGCCAAAGGAUGCGCUACAAUUGUGGCCGCCAUGACGAAGCAUUCAAAAGAAUCUGGAGUCCAGAAGAACGGAUGCGUUGCUUUGGCGAACAUUUGGGCAGCUGGUGCUGUUGGCAAAACGAACGAAGAGAGCAACCAGAGCUUACGGGACAAUCUUGAGGCGUGCAUUUCUGCUGUGGUAGCUGCGUUGGACAAUCACCCAGCAGACGUUGAUAUCCAAGUCAUCGGUUGUCGGGCCCUUCAUUACUAUACUAUCUGCUGUCAAAAGCACAGCACUGAGCCCCUUCCACUCUGCGAAGUCAUCGUAAGAGCGUCAAUCGGGGCCAUGAGGAGAUGCAAGGGAGCAUGGGAAGUCCAAGAACUGGGGAACAAAGUAUUGGCGAAUUGUGUUGCAGUCGUCAGCACUGAAGAAAUUUGUGUUUUGAUUGAUUUCACCAGCGAUCUGAUCCUAGAUGGAAGCAACAUGGAAGGCCGCUACAUGAUGCUGCUAAAUUUGUCUGCGGGAUCACCCUCAGCUCUUGUUCGGGCUGGUUUGAUUCCAAAAUUGGUUCGGAUGAUGAAUGGGCCGAACAACGAUGUCAAGAUCCUUGAAUUGGCUGCUUUUGUUCUUCACAACGUUUGCUUGUCAUCUGAAGUUGCUCCAAUUGCAGUUAAAGCCGGCGCGAUCAAGGCUUUGUUGCAUGUUAUGAGCCGCCAUCAGACCUGCGUCCGCUUGCAAGCUGCUUGCUGUGAUGCUCUUUGGGCUUUGGCGAAUGAUUUGCAUUAUGCAGCCGAAAUCAGCACCAGUGGGGGCUUCGAAGCAGUUGCGCUCGCCAUGAAGAACAAGAAGUCUACUAGGCGCCUUCAAUCUCGUUGCUGCAUGCUGCUGGCGACACUAGCUGAUGGCCAGCACGAUGAAGCGCUGCUGGCUGCGCGGGGCCCCGUCCUGACUGCAAUGCAAACGAAUGGAGACGAUCAACAGGUUGUUGAGUAUGGGAUGAGGUUGCUGGCUCGGCUGGCAGCCCAAGGGCAGGAUUCUUCAUGUGGAGCUUUGCGAGUCGUUUGUGCUGCCAUGAAAGCUCUUCGAGACAACGACAGUAUCCAAGUUCUGGGAAGCAGCGUCCUAGCAGCGUUAUACUCCAAGAGACCAGCCCCUGCCGAAGUCCCACGAGUGCUGUCCUCUUCGAUUUUUGCGCUACAAGAUCAAAGCGUCGGCUUGGCAAAACUGUUCUCUGACCUUGCAACGGUUGCGGCCGCCUCUGGCGGGCGCUGUUUCGUCGGGAACACUUCGAUAGUGGAUCAACUCCACGAGGGCAUGAGACGCCACAUCGAAAGUGCUUCCGUCCAGGAGGGCGCAGUGAGAGCCAUUCAAUGUCUCAGCCGCUCUUGUCCCGGCUCUUUACAGCUGGCUUCUCCAAAGAUUGUUCAAAGCAUCGUGUCAGCGAUGAAGAGACACCCUGGGAAUGUAUCCAUUCAGGGUUUGGCUCUGAAAACAUUCAUGAACCUCUUAGGAGGCAGCACCAAAGAGGCUGCAGGCCUCGGAUUUGUGGGUGUAGCAUCCGUCGUGGCCGAAACCAUGACAGCGAACAAGAACCACACCGAAUUGCAGCGGGUGGGUUGCGUUGUUCUAUCCAAGCUCUCAACUCGAAAGCAUUUGAAUGGUAUGAAGGACAUUGCGGCUGCUGUUGAAAGUUCACUGGAAGAAAAUCGAGGGCAUUCUUUGAUUCAGAAAUAUGGGCGGCGUUCACUACAGAACCUGCAAGAGCAGCACCCAGUGCAGGAGUCGGCCGAACAAAAAAUCCUUCCACGAAAGGAUGCCUCAGCUUUGGGACUGCUCCGGCAACUUGGUGAGAAGCUCUCAGCGACGUUGCUGUUGGACAUUUUGACAGCGUUUUUCAUUCUCUGGGUUAUCGGAAGCUACUGGAAUCGCCUCUCUGAGCCACUACAAGGAUAUGUUGUCUUUCGAUUUUAG